CCGAGUGCGUGAAGUAAAACUAGUCUGAAAGCAAGACGCGCAACAAGUGACUUUAACCAACUGAGAGGAGAUGGAGCUUUCGUUUUGUGUCACAGCUGUUUACAGAGCUUGACCAGAAAAUAAACGCUUAUUUUUAGGAUAAACGACAGACAGCGAGGUGAGCCGCUCCACAGAGAGGGAUUUGGUUGUUUCUCUCAGUGUUCCUGAUGGAGUCUUAUAGAGUCAGCGGCAUGCCAAACACUGGGCUAUCACAAGGCUAUACGCAGCCUUCCCGCACAAGAGGCCAGACCAAUGGUACUUAUGGCCUCAGUAUCAGAGUUCAAGGAAUAGAUGGACACCCCUAUGUGGUCCUCAAUAACCAAGAUAGAGGUCCGAACCCCUAUGCAGUUCCACAAAACAAUAAUGGAUAUAUGAAUUCUGAAAGCCCGUUCAAUUAUGAUGAAUAUGAUUUCAAAGGAAGCAGGAAGAAUCUUUCUGAAGACCCAUAUAUGGAUUUUAUGUCUCCAAAGCUCCAUGGAGGUCCUCACAAUGGGACUUCCGAUCCUAAGAUGCAGUCCAGUCUGUUAAACUUCCAAAAGCAUCCAGAGAUUCUCAAGCCAUAUGAUCCUGAGAGCAACACUCUCGAUAGCUUUCGAAGUCUGCCUUCAGUUGAGAAUCGAAAUCCCUACCCAGGAUCCCUACCCAGAGCCAACUCCCCAAUUGUAAGCCAAGCCAGAUCCUCCAGCCAAGUUCCAGAAGCAUCUUUACCAGAUGACAGGGGACACGCCCAACCUCCAGUUCGUCCCCAGACACUCCCGUUCUAUGUCCAACCUCAAACCGGCCCAGCCAAAGACCAUGUUCUGCCACAGCCUCAGGUCAAACCCCCUGUUCAAACACAACCUCAGGUUAAGCCAUCAUUUAAGACACCAGUGCCCUACCAGACUCCGUCUCAGCCUUCACAACGCCUUCCAGUUCCUCAGCCAUCUACAAUAGCCAACAACCCCAAUGACCAAACCAAGGCCUCUUCUAGACCUUCCAGCUCAGUAAGUAGCACAAACUCCAGUUUGGAACGAAGUCGACGUGAACCGGACCUUUUGCCCUUACGCCGUGUUGACUCCAGUGGCCCGGUGCUGCAGUCUUCCUCCUCCCAAAAAUCCUCUCUGGGCUCCACCACACCAACCAAGGAAGACCAGUUGGACCAGCUUUAUGCAGAGACUAUCAACCGCCAUGAGAACAGGCGCUACAUCCCGUUCCUGCCUGGGACAGGGCGUGACAUUGAUACUGGUCCAAUUCCAGGUGUGGAUGAACUCAUCAAGAAGUUUGACAGCAAAGAGACUCAGCAACGCAGGGGUCGGUCAGGGCGGAGGAAUCGACUUAACCCAGAAGACCGCAAGCGUUCCCGUAGUGUUGAUAGCGCCUUGCCAUUCGGUCUUGGGGGUGACUCUGACUACUUGGAUGAAGUUAGUCGGAAUCGAGGCAGGUCUACAGAGCAUCUCCUUCGCCCGUCACUGCUCCUGCAGAAGGCUGCUGGAGUGAAAACCUCCCCUAUGUCGCCAACUUCCUCUGUUGGACCCAGGAUAAACCUAAGAAACACAACACAAGUUAAAAGUGCUCCAGGCUCUCCUCAGGGCACAGUCUCCAACUCUUCAGCUGCUAUUUUAGGGUUCAAGAAUCCCCAGAGUCGUCGCUCUGUAGCACCUGUAGAGAAUGAAAAUGAAGAGGCCAAACCAUCACAGAGUAUGAAGUGCCUCUCAAGUAUGAAAAUGGGAUCAAUUUCUCGUCCCGUUGUCAAUGGUAAAACAUCAAGCACUGAAGUGGAUGCUCAGGUGACUCCUGAUCUUCUGAAAGGUCAAGAAGAGCUUUCACAACAAACAAAUGAAGAGACUGCCAAGCAGAUAUUAUUCAGUUACCUCAAAGAUGGGAGCAAUGAUAACGAUGACACCACCAAGAGGAAGGUCAACCUGGUGUUCGAAAAAAUCCAGACCUUGAAGUCACGGGCUGCUGGGAACGUGCAAGGCGACAACAAAUCUCCAGACCUUGCAGCCCAGGCUAGAGCCCUUCAGGAGCAGAAAGCAGAACUGGAAAAAGAAAUCGCUGAUCUUAAGAAACAGCUUGAGGAUGAAAGCAAGAAGCGCAGUGAUCUGAGCGAGACUCAGCUAAAGGCGGGAUCAGGAAUGAAAGACUUGAGGAGAGAGCUGGACCAGAGUCAAGCCGAGUGCAGCAGACUGCAGGACAAGCUUAGUAAAACAGAGGCUGACCUGCGCACUACAGUGGAGGAACUCUAUCAGGUGAAAAUGGAGAAAGAGCAGUACCAGACUGAGAUCCGAGACCUGCAGGACCAGCUCUCAGAGAUGCACGAUGAGCUGGAUGGAGCCAAACAAUCUCAAACAGACAGCACAGACAAAGAGGCCAUGAUGGAGGACUUCAUGCAACUGAAGCUAGACCUCCAGGAGCUGCUUCUAGCCAAAGAGGAGCAGGAGGAGCUGCUGAGGAGGCGUGAGAGGGAGCUGACCGCUCUCAAAGGAGCUCUGAAAGAGGAGGUGGCAACUCACGAUCAGGAGGUGGAUAAACUUAGGGAGCAGUAUGAAAAGGAGAUCCGUAAGCUGCAAACGGCUGUGGAGGAAGCCAAACAGAACAAAGUUACAGCCAGUAAGGAAAAGGAGGAAGUGGAGGUGGCACGGAAGGCAUCCGAGGGCCAGGCAGGCCGUCUGUCUCAGGAGGUGGAGAGACUGCGCAAGAGGGCACAGGAGCUGGAAAAUGAGGUUGCCAAACUCAACCGCAUCAUUGAUGAAGCCAAGCUGCAGGAGAGCAGGCUGGGGGAACGAGCUGUCCGUCUGGAGAAAGAGAAAAGGCAGUUGGAGGAGUCUCUUGCUGAGGUCAGGGAACAGGAAGAGGAAAUGACCCGUGCAAACCGGGCUCUUAGCACUCGCCUAGAGGAUGUGCAGAGAAACUUGACCAAAAUGACCCAAGAGCACCAUGAGCUGCAGGAGCGACUAAAGGAUGAGAGGAGUCAGAAAGAACAGUUUAAAAACACCAAGAAUGAGAUUGAAGAUGAGAGGAGGCUGCUGGACCGGACUGUGGAGAAACUGCAACGGGAGAUGUAUGAGAUAGUGGAGGCGUCUCAGAGCUCAACUCAGGAGCUGCAGGAGCAGAUAGACAUGUACAAAGAGAAGAACCGGAGGGAAAUGGCAGAGUUGCAGAAACAGCUGAGAGGGGGAGGACUGGAACUGGACAAGUCACGUCUUACCGCCAAGACCCUUCAGGAGGAGCUGGCUCGUGUGCAGGAGGAUCUGCGGCAGUGUCAGAAAGACAGAGAUGAAGCACUGCAGGGAGUGAAGGACCUGGAGCAGAAGGUUUUUGAACUAGAGGUCGAGACCGAGACCAAAGCCCAUUCAAACGACAAAACCAGACAAGUCAAACUCUUGGAGGACCGUCUGUCUGCGGUGCAGAUGGAGCUGGAGGAGGAGAGGCAGAAUGGAGACUUGCUGUUGGAGCGAAUAGACAGAGGAAGAGAACAAUUGGAGCAGAUGAGGAAUGAGCUGAUGCAGGAAAGAGCCAGCAGACAGGAUGUGGAGUGUGACAAAAUCUCCCUGGAGAGACAGAAUAAGGAUCUGAAGAGCAGGAUUGCGUAUCUGGAGGGAUCUCACAAGCCUAAUAAAGAAGGAUUGGUGGCCCAGCUGGAGGACCGCAUCCAGGAACUAGAGGAAAGACUGGAAGCAGAGGAGAGGGAACGAGGUAACCUGCAGCUGGCGAAUCGUAGACUAGAGCGCAAAGUGAAGGAAAUGAUGAUGCAAGUGGAUGAAGAGCAUCAUUCACUGCAGGAUCAGAAAGAUCAGCUGAACCUGCGUCUGAAGGCUCUGAAGAGGCUGAUGGAUGAGGCGGAGGAGGAGAUCGACCGACUGGAACACAACAAGAAGAAACAGCAGAGAGACCUGGAGGAGCAGCAGGAGGCCAACGAACAACUCCAGAGUCAGCUCAAAGCACUGCGCAGUGAGAUGAGGCGUAAGAACAACUCGGCACCAGUCCUGAAUGCUGAUGAUGAUGAUGACGACGACGAUGAUGAUAUCAGCACUGACGGCGAGACCUACUUCAGUUCUUCAUCCGGCUACAAACGCUCCAGCAGUCAGGACGCCAUCUCCAAAUUCUCUCUGUGAAAAAUGCUACUGGAAAUUGGAAAGGAUGGAAAAGAUACAUUUGCGCUCUCAGUUAUGAACUCUUUGCCACAAUUUCAUGUAACCAUGAACCCAAUCCCAAUGCCUUUUUCCCAUCAUGAUAUAUUUUUGCUAAGUUUUUGUACAAGUAAUCUUUUAUGUGUUCAACCCUAUUGAUACUGUAUAGCACUGUAUAUCUGCGUAAAAUACAAUGUUUGUCAACUGCAUUUUAUUUUUCUUUAUUUUUCUUUCUGUUCUUCUUUCUUUACUGUUAAAUAUUUUAAUUGUGCAGUUCCACUAAAUCCACUGACAUAAAAAGCCUUUAAAUGAUGCAAAAACUCCAUUUGAUAUUUAACUGUCCGGAAUGUGAAGGACUGACAGUUCUGAAGAUAAUUCAGACAAUACAUAAUAAGGGAAGUAUGUGUGAGGGACAUUUUAUAUAUGAAAAUAUACAGUUACAGCCAAUCUCUUUUUUACUUAAUGAAGAAGCAGAUUUAAUGUUAUUUUCUUUCUAUUCAUAUUAAGCUGCUUUCACUUCUGUAAAUGUUCAUUUCAUUUUUUAGCAUUAUUCCAGACAGUGCCAUGAAAAUGUACAGCAAUCUAUAGACCUGUUACAUUAUAUUGACACAUUUAUGUUUCCAGGAUUUUUCACUCCUUUCUGAAACACAAAACAGUGUUAUGGAUUAAACCAUAUGAGCCUAUUGUAUUAUAAAAACAUUUAUAAUUGGUUUCACUGUACCUUUAUGCUACUCAUGGGAUGCUGCCCUGUACCUGCACAAAUGUGAAAGCAUCUGUGUGCCUGUUGUUUCAGAGUUAGAAAAGAAAUAUGUCCUUUUUCCUUAUGCAAACCUUGUAUAUUACUGUUUUGACAAUCACCCUACGAGAACACUGUGAUGAUUUGCACUGUAUGUUGAAGUGAACUCUUCGUGUGUCUGGUGCUUAAAUGUUGUUUAAUGGAACAAAAGCGCUAUUAGUUAUUAGUGAAUUUUUUUAAGGUUCAAAAACGAAACCUACCUCUCUGUACACAUCUACAUAAAAAAAACAAAAACAAAACAAGAAAUAAACUCCACAGUUGAUCCCAUGAUGCUCAGUUUAUUUUAUAUCCCUUGCUUUUUUAUUUUGUAUUCAGAUUUAAUGUACCGGCAGUAAUUCACCAUCAGUAAUGUCAAUAAUGUGCAUAAAAUGAGAUUUUGGCCCCAAGUAUUUUGUCAUUUCGAAACCAGUUUUUCUCAACCCAGGGGGCCUCUGCAAACUACUGGGGGACCAAAUAAAUCAGAAAAUUAUUAAAAUUGUCUUUUUACAGUGCUAUAACACUAUAAAUAAAGAUAUACAGCAUUAAACUGA